AAUGUUUGAAAGCACUACUAUAGUUUAACAUUUGACAAAUGAUUCAGAAAAUUAAUUUAUUAAUUAAAUAUUUAAAGUCCUAAAAGUUUUGACUUAUAUUUUUGUUCGACGGCUUAACAAAAAUAAAAAAAUUGAAAAACACAAUGUUAUCAAAUUUAUAAAGCAUGAAAUUAAAUGAGAGAAUUUUAUAAGAUGAUUCGUGUGUUUGGGAUUAAUCUGAGUAGCGAGUUAAUUUCAAACGGAAAUAAAAACCUUCUAGAGUACAAUGAAAUACUGAUUAAUAAACAGGAUAAAAUAGAAAUAUUCUCAACAGCAUUUUGUGAACUGCUUAUUCGGUCAAACAUAUUAAUUAUCAAGAGCUCAUUAAAAAAUAACCAAAAUAAAACACUAGAUUUCAAUGAUAUCAUUACGAAAAUUUCUUCCACAAAUGAAAACUGCUGGAUUUUGUUAGCCAAUGAAACUCUCUUCAAUUAUGACUUUAUAGAAUUAAAUUUAAGAGAAAUUUCCAUUCAGAAAGAAAAGAAUCAAAAAAUAACUUCAAUGUGUGCUUCACAAAAUGGUUUAUAUUACAUAAUAAAUAAAACUUCUCUUCAUGAGAUAAAAAAUGAUAACACUCAAAAAAAGCUUCAUGAAUUCGCAAGCCAUCAAAGAAUCAAGAAAAUCUCGUGUGGAAUGGAGCAUUGUGUCCUUUUGACAUCGAACGGUGAUGUUUUUAGUUUUGGCUGUGGAUUACGUGGAGCACUUGGACACUAUGAAGUAAAUUCACUCAAAGUUCCCAAGCAGAUUGAAGCUCUUGCUGGCUUAAAAGUGGUGGAUAUAGCUACAGGAUCUUUUCAUUCAGUGGUACUUACCUCUUUUGGGGAUGUCUACACUUGGGGAUGGAAUACAUCGGGGCAACUUGGAUUGCCAAAAGUUUUCCAACAUACAUUUCAAAACAUUUCAUCGAAUCAGCAGCAGGUUUUUACAACUCCAAAAUUUAUUAAAAUGGAAAGAGAUGAGACAGUUAAAAAUGUUUAUUGUGGAUCAAAGCAUACUAUUCUAAAAACAGAAGAUAACCGGAUUUUCGCAGCUGGCUUGAACAACUUUGGUCAAUUAGGUCUGUCGACACUGUCUAGCAAAAAAGAUAAAUUUACAGAAAUACCAUUGAAAAAUAUUGAUCAGAAAACAAAAGUUGUAUGUGGAUACUGGACAACCUACUUUAUUGAUUUUCCUUCAUAGCAAUUUGUUUUUUAAAUAAUAAUUUUAAUUUGAAAUUUCUAUUAAUUUUGAUGACACAAAAUAAAAAGUGCUUUUUCGAUUUAUUUAUCACAAAAGAUUAUUUCAUUUAUUU